UAAGGAAAGAUAUAUGGGGAGGAUAGAAGGAGACGGAAUUAAUCAGACAGCGGUAUUUAGUAUGAGAACCUUUACUAAUGAGGCCUGCGUCUGCGUAGUUAACACAACGAGAAAAGAGAAUCGGAGGGAGAGAGAGAGAGUGUGUGUGUGUGUGUGUGAGAGAGGGGAUGGAGGGAGGGAGGAGUGAACGACAGACGGGAAAUGAAUCGCAAGCUGCAGGAGAAUAGGUUGUCAGCAUCCAGAGCUCCAAGGUCUGACUCUCAUUAAAGCGUCUGUGCGUCUCGCUCACCUCCAGGAUGGAGGGGCUGCUGCGGCUGAGUCUACCCGGAGCUUGAGGAGCCUUCCUGGGCUUCGUCUGCGUCAUCUUCCCCCUGUCUCUCUCUGCCCUGGUCCCCCGAUACUCAUCCAUCACUCGACCUCUGCAGUGCAAGAGAGCAUCUGGACCCACACGACACCUCCCCCUAAUCCCCCACACUGAGUUGCCAGGGCAACCAUGGACGGACUACGCCUGCCACCGGUCACCGAGGAGGUCAUUGACCCUGCAGAUGACAUAUGUGACCUGAAGGUGGAAAGGCCUGGCAUUGUGGACAUGCUGACGGCCAAAGAGAGGGAGACCCUGGAGGAGAACGAUGAGAAGGAGGAGAAAGAGAAGGAGGUGGAGGUGGGGAACGGAGAGAAGGGCCAGCAGGAGGACCAGGGAGAAGAGAAGGAGGUGAAAGUGGAGGAGGAGGAGGUGGAAGGAGUAAUGUUAGAGGAGGAUGACUUGGAGGAGUUGAAGUCCCAUGUGUUGCAGCUGGUGUUGGAGCUGGAGGAGGCCAGGGAGGUGUCUCAACAACAUGAAGAGAGCUUCAUGGAGAUCCAGGGUCUGUUGGAAGAUGAGCGUCUGGCUAGUGCUCACCAGGCAGAGAGCUUUACCAGACAGAUCCAGAGACUGCAAGCUCAGCUGCGUUCAGUCCAGGAGGAGAUGGACUCUCUGGAGGAGGAGAAGGAGAGUGAGCUGGGGGAGGUGCAGGAGGAGCUGAGGUCUGCCCAGGAGGAGGUGCUGGUUCUGCAGCAGGCGGGGGAGGAGGCAGCAGCGGAGAGGGAGAACGACAUCGCCUCCCUGCAGGAGGAGCUGUGUCGUUUGAGGGCCGAGCUGCAGCGUCUCCGCACCACGGCCCAAGAGUACGAGUUGGAGAUCACCACCCUGCGGGCUGAAAUCAGUAUGAAGAGCAUGAGGAGGGAGGGAGAGACUGACGGUGAGGUAAGCCAGUUGACGGCGGAGUGUCAUGCGAUUUCAGACGAGUGUCAGACCCUGAAGGACGAAAACAAACAGCUGAGCCACAAACUGCAGCAGCUACAGCAGCAGCGAGCCGGCUCCAAUGAUGUCUAUCUGGCCUUGAGAGGGGAGGGGGACGAAGACCAGAAGGAUGAGGGUGUUGGGCAGGAUGAGGAAUCAGUGAAAGCUGGAGGCUACAUGACCCUGUCCCAGACCCAGGGUGGGCAGACCCAGGGUGGGCAGACCCAGACUGGUCAAGGUGGGCACUUGGUGGAUGCCUCCAUCCAGAAGAAUAUCUCGUUUGAUGGCAAGCCCAUCACCAAUUGGAACGGGGGACCCUCUGAAGUCUUCUCCCUACGAGACCAGCUCAAACUGACUGAGGAGAGGUCCUCGCAAGUACAGAGACAAUGUGAAGGGUUGAAGGGGGAGCUUGCGGAACUUCAGGGGCUGUUUGACUGCAGCCAGAAGGAGAGGGCGGAGCUGGAGCAGGAACUGCAUCACUGCAGGGUGGAGCUAGAGAGGCUGGGCGGCAGGAAGUCACAGAACUGCACUCCUCCGUCUGAGCCCCCUGUUCUCUCCAUCUCCUUCAUAGGAAUGAUUGUAAUAAUGGCCCUGAUAUGGUGCUGGUGGGAGGAGCUGGCAUCCUAGAGGGGACCAGGAGAGCGAGGGAGGCUGGAACCUGGUGGCGGUGGUUGCCGUGGCAGCGCUUGUAGUCCUGAUAGUCCCCAGCCUUUCCAGAGCGUUUACCUGAGGACUACACAGAACAGAAGUCACUGUACAGGAAAUGACUGUGCUGGUUUCCCCUGGCAACAUGGGCAAUGCCAUGCCCCUAUCUCACGAUGCCCUUGUCAAGUCUCCUCCUCGCUUCAUCUUCCAAGGAGGACUGCAUUGACAACUGACAUUUUCACCAGGAAAUACAACA